AUGAACUUCAACAGUCUUCUAUCACCAUUCUGUGCGCGAUUAUCCCGGCCCAAUCCCCUCCAUGAGUCCAUACAGCAACGUUUCAUGUCCAAAUACCUUUCCAAAGCCGCCGCCAAAAGACUGCCACUGAAUGCCAAGAGAGCUGGAAAAGGUUACUACAAGGGAAAAGGAGGAACUAAGGAAGGAAGACUAACGAGCAAGGGGAGAUUUAUUGUGGAUCACGACAAGCGAUUGGAAUUGAUUGUGCCCGAUCUAGAAGGUUUCAAGCUGAAACCAUAUAUUGCAUCAACAGCUUCCAAAUUUGAACCCGAAAUUCGAAGAAGACCGGGCCAAACGGCCUAA